GUCCGGCCCCAGCCCCAGCCCCAGCCCCGGCCCCGCCCUCGCCCUGCCUAGCUCGCGCGGCAGCAUGGCGGGCCCCGGCCUGAAGCGGCGCCCGCCGGCGGCUCCCGCGGCGGCCACAGAGGAGGAGCGCCAGGCGCGGGAGCGGAUGCUGGCCGCGCGGCCGGCGGAGGGCGAGGGCGUGACCCUGCAGCGCAACAUCACCCUGCUCAACGGCGUGGCUAUCAUCGUGGGCACCAUCAUCGGCUCGGGCAUCUUCGUGACGCCCACCGGCGUGCUCAAGGAGGCGGGCUCGCCCGGGCUGGCGCUGGUGGUGUGGGCCGUUUGCGGCGUCUUCUCCAUCGUGGGCGCGCUCUGCUACGCCGAGCUGGGCACCACCAUCACCAAGUCUGGCGGAGACUACGCCUACAUGCUCGAAGUGUACGGCUCGCUGCCCGCCUUUCUCAAGCUCUGGAUCGAGCUGCUCAUCAUCCGGCCCUCCUCGCAGUACAUCGUGGCGCUCGUCUUCGCCACCUACCUGCUCAAGCCGCUCUUCCCCACCUGCCCGGUGCCGGAGGAGGCCGCCAAGCUCGUGGCCUGCCUAUGCGUGCUGCUGCUCACGGCCGUGAACUGCUACAGCGUGAAGGCCGCCACCCGUGUGCAGGACGUCUUUGCUGCCGCCAAACUCCUGGCUCUGGCCUUGAUCAUCCUGCUGGGCUUCAUCCAGAUUGGGAAGGGUGACGUGUCCAAUCUGGAUCCCAAGUUCUCAUUUGAAGGCACCAAACUGGACGUGGGGAACAUUGUGCUCGCGCUGUAUAGUGGUCUCUUUGCCUACGGGGGAUGGAACUACUUGAACUUGGUCACAGAGGAGAUGAUCAACCCCUACAGAAACCUGCCCCUGGCCAUCGUCAUCUCCCUGCCCAUCGUCACCCUGGUGUACGUGCUCACGAACCUGGCCUACUUCACCACGCUGUCCACGGAGCAGAUGCUGACCUCGGAGGCCGUGGCCGUGGAUUUCGGGAACUACCACCUGGGUGUCAUGUCCUGGAUCAUCCCCGUCUUCGUGGGCCUGUCCUGCUUCGGCUCCGUCAACGGGUCCCUCUUCACGUCCUCCAGGCUGUUCUUCGUGGGGGCCAGGGAGGGCCACCUGCCGUCUGUUCUAUCCAUGAUCCACCCGCGGCUCCUGACGCCCGUGCCGUCCCUUGUAUUCACGUGCGUGAUGACCCUGCUGUACGCCUUCUCCAGAGACAUCUUCUCCGUCAUCAACUUCUUCAGCUUCUUCAACUGGCUCUGCGUGGCCCUGGCCAUCAUUGGGAUGCUGUGGCUACGCUACCGCAAGCCCGAGCUGGAGCGGCCCAUCAAGGUGAACGUGGCCCUGCCCGUGUUCUUCAUCCUGGCCUGCCUCUUCCUGAUCGCCGUCUCCUUCUGGAAGACGCCCGUGGAGUGCGGCAUCGGCUUCACCAUCAUCCUCAGCGGCCUGCCCGUCUACUUCCUCGGCGUCUGGUGGAGCAACAAGCCCAAGUGGCUGCUCCAGGGCAUCUUUUCCACGACAGUCCUUUGCCAGAAGCUCAUGCACGUGGUCCCCCAGGAGACAUAAGCAGCGGGAGCCGAGGAGCCCCCGAGGAGAGGCACAGGCUCAUAAAUGACCCACCCCCCGAAGGCCGCUCGCCCGUCAUCCAGGCAGCUCAGCCACGCGUCCCCAUGUCCCUUGGCUGGGCCGGGCCGGCCACCGCGAAACCUGGUACGAAUUCACUCCCUGCAGCCGGACGUGGCAGGUACCUCUCGAGCGUGGAGGCGAGAGCGUCGGACGGAGAAGAGACCGCGGGCCUCCUGCCGUGUCGGGCCUUCUCCCUUCUCACCUCUGUUUAUUUGUAUUAUUAUUUUUUUAACUUAAAUCUUGGGUUCGGCCGAUGCCACCAAGACGAUUACUUUUUAAAUACAUUAUGGAGGGGGCAGUGUUUUCUCCCCUGGCGCCGCCCGCACACAACGUGCCUCAGGGGGACCGGUCCCCUCGCCAGAUUGGGGCAGGUCUCCGGGAACGGGGUGGGGGUUCCUGCCCGGACGUGGCCGCACCCUCUGGACAGCAGCCCGACGUGUGCCCUCGGCUUUUCCUUGUUCGUUGUUAGAGACGUAGCGACACUCGUGAAACUAACCCCAGGGACUUUGGUCUCUUUGCCUUAAAGACCUGAACUGGUUCCUCCCCGCCCCCACCCCAGAGGGAGCGAACAGCUCAGCGAGAUGCCGCGGGCUUCGGGAGGACAGGCCUCGGGCUGCUCCUACAUCCUGGCCCCGUUCUCCAGAAAGGACCUGCUCCCGGGUUCCAGGCCCGGCGGCUGCUGCGGCGGGGGCUGAGCCCAGGGCGGGCCAGCUGGCCCAUCUGGCACUCCUGCCCAUGUGCGGAACGGGCCAGUUCGGGGACCAGGCCCUGUCACUCAGGAUACCUUUGGGCACCUGACUGUAUGUACCCAGCCCGAACAGAUCCGAUCUACUGGUUUUGGAGCCAAGCUUUAGUUCUUUCAAAGCUCCAUACUUGAAAUCUUCUAGAAGCAGACACUGCGAGCCCUCAUGGGCUUCCCGUCCGGGUCCCUCGAGACUGCCUCUCCUGGGCCUUGAGGACUGGACGGCAGCCAUCUGGGCCUGUCCCCUCUCCUGUCACCUGUCCUGGGCUCGAUUCCCAUUGUCCGGAAGCUGGAGCCCAGCCUUCCCCGCUCCGCCUGCACCUGCUCCGGAGGCCACCUGACUGGGGUCCCUCCCAUGGAGGCUGCGACAGCAGGCUUUGUUUUUGUGGUUCCCAUGGCGUCUUCCCCUGGGGAGGCAGCUGAGGCCCAGAAGCUCAGCUGGCCUUCCCGGGCUGUCACUGCAUCCAGGGAGCCGGUGUGGGGAGCAGCAGCAUCCAAGGUCAGACCGCCUCCCUCCAAGCCCAUCUUAGGCACUGGGGGCUCUGCCUUGGCCUCUGACUGCUGACCUUCCCACCAGGGAGGGUUGAGUCCAGGCAUCAGGCUUCCUUGCUCAGCUGCGGCCACAUGAGCAUCAAGCGGCCAGUCCAGCCACAGCCACCCCCUGGGGCCCUGGCCCCACGAGGUGCUACCGGCCCAGAGAGACCUGACAGGCAGCUUGUGGGGCCCGGCUGGGCAGGGAGGCUGUAGAGGAGGUGGCCUCUGCUGGGCAGGAGACCCUGCCACCCUGAGGCUCCUGAUGCACCGACAUCCAUGGACGACUCUGCAUCAGCUGAGUCCUCCUGGGCCCCAAUCCCUGCCUCUCGGGGUCCAGCUCAAGUCUGAGGCCAGGACGUCACCAAGCAGCAGGAGGCCUGGUCUGCCUUGAGCCUUGGUUUUCUCAUCUGCAAAUGGGGGCGGUGGUUGGUGUGUCCCUGCCUCGUAGGAUUUGCACAAAGAGGACACUGACUGUUGUGGCGACCACAGCCCCAGGCACAGGUGGCAGGAUGCUGCCCAGCUGGCACUGCCCUCGGCCUCUCUGCUGGGGCUCCAGCUAUGUCCGAGCACAUUCCUGCCUCUUCCCUCAGGGGUGGGGCAGUACUUGGGGUGCGUUGAGGUCCAAACCCCCAGUCCUGGGUGUGACCUGCCAGCACAGGGAGCAGGUAGGCUUCCCUGGGGCAUUGGACCGGUGCCCUCCUGCAGGGUGACUGCUCCCUGGGCCCCAUGUUCACACUGUAAGGUCAGAGGUUGUUCUGAAGCACGGCCCCCUGGCAUCUUGAAGGCAGGCUGGGGCCGGGUCUGCGGUUCAUGGGGCUGUGUCCCCCGCGGUUCAGGGACCCCUCGUGAAGGCAGGCCCGUCCCGCCCCCUGGCCCUGCUGUGUCUGCGCCCCGGGGCCACCUCCGCUCCAUGUGACCACACUACUGACCCAUGUCCCGAGCGUCCUGUUUGGGGGUCCCUUUUCUCCUGAGCUGAAUCCUGGCAUAACAAGCGCGUGAGUGUCCAGCUGCUCUGCUUUAUCUCGUCCUCGCGUCUCGCUGGUGGAAAGGGUGCCGUCCGCGCCGUGUUUGUUUAUCGUAGGGCGGCCGGUCCGGCCACACCGCCGCCCGCCGCUGCACCCCGUGGCAGUGUCUGUGACUUCGUGCCGCUUCCGCUUCUAUUAACGGCUCACCCAUUCAACUUGGCUGGUUUGGGGUGGGGUGUUCUGGUUUGUGUGUUUUGGGGGGGGUGUUUGUUUUUAAAGAACACUUGGAAUUAUAA